CGCGUCCACCCGCGCGUGAACCACCAACAAUAACAACAACAAACUACGUGACGGUAGACUCGUCAAGACAAAUCGAGGAGGAAACCCUUCCUCUGUAUAGACUGGAAAACUACUACCCUCUUUACAUCGGGGAAGUAUUCGUGUCGGGGUACCAGGUAAUCCGCAAGCUAGGAUACGGCACGUCGUCCACCGCGUGGCUCUCGAGAUCUCGAGUAAGCUUAAGCAUUCAAUAGCCUACCGCGUAGAACGCGGAUUAAACCUAUCUUGGAAAGCAACGGUUUAUCACACUCAAAAGGUCUGUGUCCAGGGCCGUGCUCCCGACCAUGAGAUCAAGAUCACCAAACACCUAACCAGCGCAGCCGAUCACGCUGGCAAGAGCCGAGUCCGUCUAAUACUAGAAUCCUUUGACACCAUCGGUCCUCAUGGACGACACACCUGUCUCGUCUACCAGCCGCUUGGGAUGACAUUUACCGAACUGCGAGAUCUACUCCCAGACAAUAUCUUCCCAAAAGAUUUUUUCCAAAAAGGUAUCCAGCUCGUCUUGAUAUCGCUGAUAUUCAUACACGAAGACAAUGUCGUCCACACCGGAGGUUUCCCCAUCAUACCUAGGUCGCCCUCACCCUCUAUCAAAUAGAAAGGCUAACCCACCUAGGCAUCUCCCCCAACAACAUCCCCCACGCCAGAGACGACUCCUCUCUCUUUUUCUUCUCUCUCUUUCUCAAUCUAAUCUCUCUAUUUUACCCCCUCCGAUCACCCACAGCUAUACACACUCCAGGAAAAACACUCUACCCAUCCCAAACCAAAUCCUCCGAACCCGAUCGCAGCGACUCACAAGCAACAACGAUGAUCACAUCCUCUUUCUCAAUUCAAUUCGCAGAAUCCUCCGCUGGCUACCUCAGGAGCGACCGUCAGCGGAGGAGCUCGCAGACGAUGAAUUUCCGAUGCAGCCUGUGUUGGCUCAAAUCAGUUCACCAGACUAAAACCCACUACCUACCCUACUGUAUAGAUCGAAUCAGCCCACCAUCACUGGCAAGGGAUGUAAAAAUAAUGAAAUAAUAAAAUAAUAAUCUUA